AUGUCUGUGUUUGCUCUAGUAAUCUUAGCAGCGCUGCUCCCAAGCAGCUCUGCACAGGUUCCCGUCGGGCAUGUCUGGUCCGCUGUCGCAUAUCUCUUCCAUGGCGAGCGCACGCCCUCGCAGCUUUCGACAUCGCGCAGCCUAACUCCUCUCGGGGCACAGCAGAUGUUUGCUCAGGGGUCCAUCUUCCGCUCUCGAUACAUAGACAAUGGCAGUUCGGGUGCUGAUCAGAACAUCACUCAAGUGCUGAUCGAAGGCAUCGAGGCCAAUGCCAUGGACGCGUCUCAGCUGUCGAUCCUCACAACUGACGACCACUAUACCAGUGCCAGUGCUUUCGCUUUUCUGCAAGCUCUCUAUCCGCCGACAACCGAGACUUUCGCCAGGGGCGCCGGAGGAAUAGGAGCCGCCGAGCUUGCCAAUGGCUCCAUCGUCGACUACCCUUUAGAUGGAUACCAGUAUCCCGAUAUCAACGUUCUGUCUGCCCAAGAUCCUGACUCUGUCUGGAUCGAGGGCCACGUAGCCUGCGCCGAGUACCAAGAGUCUCGUCUACUCCUCGCUCAUGAACCAAUGGUGGACCAGAUCUACCAACGAAGUCUCGCCUUCUAUCGGGAUCUAUGGGGGAAAAUAUUUUCGGAUGCCUUCCCUCUCAACGCAACACAUUUUUAUAACGCCUACGAUCUCUAUGAGUAUGCCUCCUAUAAGUACAACCACGACAACAAAACCCAUGCCGAGAUCACGGAGACGGACCUUGCUAGGCUCGAAGUGUUCGCCUCAACCCAACAGAGGUACCUCAACGGUAAUCCACAGGUUCCCGGCCUUGCCCCGGGCGACACACUUCGCACCAUUGCAGGCCGAAUGCUUGCCGCCAAGAUCCUCGCCCAGCUCAGGCUGAACAUGCAGUCGUCGGGAUCUUCAAAGAAAUUGAACCUCAUGUUCGGCUCCUUCGAGCCCUUCGUCGCCUUCUUCGCCGUCUCCCGCCUCGCCAACGGGGCGUCGGCGGAUAACUUCGAGCCGUUGCCUAGCCCGGGCGCGGCCAUGGUUUUCGAGCUAUUCUCCACAGACGCCAGCUCGUCCUCGUAUCCCUCGACAGACGACCUCUGGGUGCGAUUCCUCUACCGGGACAACAAUCUGGCCGGCGCGCCGUUCGUCGAGUACUCGCUGUUCGGGUACGGCAACUCGCAGUCCCGCAUCAAGUUUUCCGACUUCGCCACCGCCAUGGAGGCCGUUUCCGUCGCCAGCGUGGCGCAGUGGUGCAAUGUCUGCGACAGCCUCAGCUUGUUCUGCGCCGCCCUCGCGGAGAACUCGAGCGGCGGGACGGCGCCGCCGCCGCAGGCUGCAAAGCAGCGCAGGAGAGGGGUCUCGCCGGCGGUGGCCGGCGUGAUCGGGGCGCUGGUCGCGACCGCCGUCCUCGGCCUGGCCGCGGCGGCAGCCGCGCUGGCGGGCGGCGUGCGGAUCUACCGUGCGGAUCGCGGGCGGCGACGCGGCGCGGCGCUCAGCGGCGGCUUCAAGGGCGCCGAGAAGAAGGCCAGCGACGCCGAUGUCGCGCAUGCUAGGAGCGGCGCGCGGCACGAGCGGACGGGCAGCUGGGAGCUGCGCGCGGGUGGGACCGGGGCGGGGGCGGGGGAGGGGGAGAGCGUGGCGACGACGACACGGGCUGGCGCCGUGGUUGGCGCCCCGGAACGCGCGAGCUCCAGGGCGAGCUCGAGGGCUGCGCGGGAGGGUGACGACGAUGAUGUCAGCGUCAUGGGCCACACCCCGGUGACGCCGCGAGAGAGCGUCUAA